UUACCAUUUCACAACUAACUAACUAAGCUUAAAGAAAACCAACACACACCGCAAAGGACAUGAACUCAUUUGACACAGAGCAGUACUCUCCAGGUUCAUCAUCGGAAGCAGGUUCCUCUAGCUGUCACGAGCUAGCAUCAGGGACACCAAAGAAGUGUGCAGGGCGUAGAGUAUUCAAGGAGACAAGGCACCCUGUGUACCGAGGAGUGAGGAGCAGGAACAACAACAAGUGGGUGUGCGAGGUGCGUGUUCCGAAUGACAAGACAACCAGGAUAUGGCUCGGCACCCACCAGACACCUGAGAUAGCAGCGCGUGCACACGACGUUGCGGCGCUUGCGCUUCGGGGCAAGUCUGCUUGCCUCAACUUCGCUGACUCCGCAUGGCGUGUGCCGCCGUUGUUGCCUUCGUCGAACAGUGCGAAGGAGCUUAGGAGAGUGGCAACGGAAGUUGCACAUGCGUUUGCGGCUGAGGACCGUUGCCAUGGCCAGCAGCAGCAGCAGCAGCAGCAAACUUAUAAUGGUGAUGAGCUCUGUAGCACCGGUGACAGCGUUGAAGUUGUGGAAAACAGUAAUAAUAGUGAUAAAACAUUGCAUGAGUUGGAAAGGUUGUGUUUUGAAUUCGAUGAAGUACUUCUUCAGGGUGGUAUUGAGGAAGAACAGGACCUGCAUGGUUGGCUUCGGAACAUGGAGGAUGAGCCUUUAAGAUCUCCGCAGCAUCCAUUUGAGGGAUCAUCAUAUGAUAAUUAUGCAAACACACAUGUCUUCUUUUCUGCCGCUGGAAAGGGUGUUCCUAGCUCUUUCUAGAAGCCUCUCGAGUAAAGCGGCGACGAAGGAAGAAGGAAACGAAGGUGCCAAGAGGGAGAUGUUCAUUUCUGUGAGCUCCUAUUGGAGGAACGGGAUUUUCUUAAAACGGCGUCGUUGGAUAAGGAGACUAGCGUUCACUGCCUCCACUAGUUCAGGUUGUGGCACUAAUAAUGACAUCUGGCUUAAUUUACAGCGACUUUGUUUUUUCUUUUCCCGACAGCUCCACGUAAAUAAUGCCAAAGAGGUCACAUCACAAAUACAAGGUAUGACAAACGUUUCUAAUAAUGGUAUCCUUUUCUCUUCAAAAUAUCUAGAUUUUAUGGACCUUUUUGUCCCAGACUAGCUUCAGAAUGAAACGCAAAGUAAAUUAACCUAGUCAGAUCCGAGGAACUGUUUACAGAAAGGACAAGUUUUGACCUACGACCUGAAGUGUAGGUUGUGUUAAUUAAAACAACCUGGAGUGCAUCAGAUCGGCAUCUUAACAAAAUUGGAGUGGAGGUUUCGAGUGGGUUGAGGGAUUUUUUACCUCUGGAUGAUAGGCAGGUGAUGUGGUGGCUAACUUGCCUUGGCUGUGCGUCUCUUUUCUACUUGCUUUGGCUGCCUCUGUUUCUCUCUUCUUUUUCCCCUGUAUUUUUUUGGCUUUGGGGCCUCUAGUUUUCCUUGUGUUUUUCUUUUGGUCCUGUUUUCCAUUCCUUGCCUAAUCACUGUACUGUUACUUGUUGACUGGCACAUCUUGUGCAGUUAUAUUUUAAUAUAUUCAUGGCUUGUAAAAAAG